CGCAAGAGUACCUGUAUGGCGAGGGCGCUGCGAGCUCCACAACAUCAACAAGCCACCAGACAAGUGCACACAAAUAUAGGACGGGAGACCCACGUAGACAGACAAAGAAUGGCUGACAUUAGCAGGUCCCGGGAAUAUCAAAGCUUCAGAAGUACAGUACCACAAAAGAAGCUGGUCGUUGACGACGAUGACACCAAGGAAUGGAAGCUGUUUGACUCUGGGCCUCGUUCUGUAGCCUGUCCACUUCUCUGUCUACCCCCUGCCAGUGGCACUGCAGACAUAUUCUACAAGCAGAUUGUUGCCCUGACUGCUCUCGGCUACCGAGUUAUUGCUGCUGAGUAUCCUGUUUACUGGAAUCUGAAUGAAUGGAAUGAAGGUUUACGAAAGUUGCUUGACUAUUUAAAAAUAGACAAGGUGCACAUCUUCGGCGCAUCACUCGGUGGAUUCCUGGCACAGAAGUUUGCUGAAUACACCUUCAGAUCGCCCCGUGUUGCUUCCAUUGUCAUGUGUAACUCCUUCACAGACACAUCAGUGUUUGAACAGGCUGACUCUGCCUUGAUGGACUCAGUCAACAGCAGCUGUCGUCACGACUCACACUCAACUGUAUGGCUUCUUACAUUGAACCUCAGAAACUGAAGGACGUUGCUGUCACGAUCAUGGAUGUGUUUGAUGAUUGUGCAUUGACGGAUACAGUCCGAGACGAGACUUACAAGUGUUAUCCGGAGGCAAGGAGGGCACAUCUGAAAGGAGGAGGGAACUUCCCCUUUCUGAGCCGGAGUGCUGAAGUGAACCUACACCUGCAGAUACAUUUGCGACAAUUUUCGGACACAAAGUAUAGUGCCAACGAUGCUGACCGAACCCGCUCCACUAGCGCCACCUGCAGGGAGGAAGCCUGUAGCUCAGUGCCGAACCAACCACAUGGGUCAGGCCAUUAAUCACAGGUCACCGGUUUCCUAUUAUGCUCAGCUUCUUGUUGCUAGGUUGGCUGUUACUCAAGAAAGCUGGUUUACCACUCAUGAUCUGAAUUUCCGUAGCUGAGAUAUAAUUGCUCCGAUUCCUGGUUUGUGAUGUGUGAGAUAGCUGGCUUGCUAUAUGUGACAUAUAUGACAGAAAUUGUACAAGGCUUGGUGUGUUGCAUGUGGGAUAGCUGGUAAAUCAUGAAGAUAUUUUACGCAUGACAUGACACGUAGUUGCUUUACUGUGGUGCAGUUAGCUCGGCAUAGUGUCCGUGCACUACGACAAUACUUCUUACUUUGCUAUGUUUUUCUAGCUACACUUGAAAACUUCCCAUAUAUGCUAUCAUAACUGCACUAAUUGCAUUGAUAUUAAUGUGACAUAGUUUCCUGUAUAGUUUAUAUCGUAUGUUAGCAGCAUCUACGAGUACAAACCAAGACGCAAUAAUAGUUUGUUUUUGCCUCUUCCUUAUCACUAUACCUGGAUAUACAUUAGUGAUGUAAAUAGAAAUGCUGCUCUAAAAAUUCUUAUUUUAACUGGAAUAUAUUUGUUAUGGAGCAUUUUGCUGACAUUGGUAGUGACGAUGUAAUCACCAUACAUUGCUGCCAUCUUGUGCAAGAAUGCUUUUAAAACUGUAUGAUCGUGACAUUAAUAUUUCAUUGUAUCAAACAAAUGACUUGAUUUUAUGACAUCGGAUCAGGAUCGUCAUAUACUAUUCAUAUCACGUCAGUCAGUUGCUGAAAGUAAUAUAUUUCUUCAUGUGUACUGUUACAAUUUGAUGCCGAGAGAAAAUUUAUUGAAUCAUAUACAUAUAUUAUGUACAUUCGUCAUCAAGUUUUGUACAUAUAGGAUAAUAAUAAUUCCAUGUUUGUUUAGCAAAUGUUGACUGUUUGUAUGUCUUUACGGGUAUGAGUAUGUAUCGUGUUCAUGCAUUCCUAUAUCUGCUGCAACAGACAACUUCAAGUGAAACCCAAAUCAAGAUCCAAGUAAUAUCCCUUGGCUUGCCCAUAUCCUCACCUUAUCAACACCAACAUGAUGGCGAUGGUGAUAAUCAUAGCUGAUGGACCACCCUGUGCGAGCUGCUUAAAAGGAAGAGAUGUAUGCUAUGGAGAAAAGAGAGUAAAUAUAUUUUUCAUUCAAAA